AUGAACUUGAAGAUGACAAUCCCCGACAGCAAUCAACCGAUCGCCUCUGUCGAGCAGCAUACCAGGGCAACAAUCAGAACCCUCUUUGGAUUUUUGUAUGCUCAGGGACAGGGCGAUUACCUCGGCGAGAGGGUGACCCAAUUAGAACACUCUCUCCAAUGUGCACAUCUGGCAGCCCAGUCUUCCGAGCAUGGCAACGAUAGCGAGGUCAUCCUCGCAGCUCUUUUGCACGAUGUUGGGCGAUUUAUCCCCGCAGCCGAGAAGAUGGGCAAGAUGGUCACAUCCGAUGGCCAGUAUAUUGGACGACAAAGCCAUGAGGUCCUUGGAGAGGCUUAUUUACGCCGGAUUGGUUUCAGCGAGAAAGUGUGUACAUUAGUUGGCGCUCACGUUAUGGCAAAGCGGUAUUUGGUCGCGACAGACAAGGAGUACUAUGAUGGGUUGAGUGAAACAAGCAAGCGGACAUUAAAAUUUCAGGGAGGAGGAUUCAAUGCCGAACAGAUCCAAGAAGCUCAGCAGGACCCCCUGCUGGAUGCAAAGCUUUCUGUCAGGCGAUGGGAUGAUCUUGCCAAAGAUCCCGACCUCGAGGUACCUCAGCUUGAGGUAUACGAAGAGCUGGCCUACCAAUGCUUAAUUGACUCCCGGUCCAAGUUUACUCUCCAUUCAAGGGAAUACAGCCUGCCAACACAGCCUACGGUUGUCAUAUGUGUUGAUGGAUUCGAUCCAGAAUAUCUGCAGUCUGGCAUUCAACGAGGCGUUUUACCAACUUUCGCCAAGUUUCUCGACACGGGCUUUCAUGCCACCGCUAAGAGCUGCAUGCCUUCAUUCACAAACCCAAACAACGUAUCGAUUAUCACUGGUGCACCACCCUCAACACAUGGCAUUGCUGGGAACUUCUUCUUAGAUAGAGAGACAGGCGAAACGAGAAUGAUCACGGAUGACUCUUUGCUUCGCGGGUCGACUCUAUUAGAGCAGAUGGUCCAGCGCGGUGUACGAGUGGCUUCCAUUACCGCCAAGGACAAACUCCGCAAGAUUCUUGCCCACGGGUUGAAGGGUGCUAUUUGCUUUUCAUCGGAGAAGGCUGCAGAAUGUACUUUUGAAGAAAAUGGGAUUGCCGAUGUGGAACAAUGGCUUGGUCGGCCUGCGCCUAGCCAAUAUUCAGCUGAUCUGUCCUUGUUUGUUCUUGACGCAGGUAUAAAAUUACUGCAAGAAAAAAGGUCGGACUUCUUGUAUUUGACUUUAUCUGAUUACAUUCAGCACAAACAUGAACCAGGAAGCAAAGAGGCCGACGAAUUCAUGGGAGCUAUUGAUGAACGUUUGCAAAGUCUUGCUUCUCUUGCCCCGGUCAUCGGUGUGACUGGUGACCAUGGCAUGAGUAAGAAGUCCAACGAAAAGGGACAGCCCAACGUCCUAUUCCUCGAAGAAGUGCUGAACGCAAAAUUUGGUCCGAAUGCUUGCAGGGUCAUUUGCCCAAUCACGGACCCAUUCGUUCGGCAUCAUGGUGCAUUAGGUUCAUUUGUGCGUGUCUAUCUCAAGGAUAUCACACAGCUAGAUUCGAUGAUUGAACUUUGCAAGUCACAACCAGAGGUUGAUGUUGCCUUUAGCGGCCAAGAGGCUGCGAAGAUAUAUGAGAUGCCUCUUGAUAGAGAGGGUGACAUUGUGGUUAUCUCAACGCCAUUCACUGUGAUUGGGAGUUCUGCAGCUAACCACGACUUGACAAAGCUCAAAGAUCAUCCACUGCGGUCACAUGGGGGUUUGAGUGAGCAGAGGAUCCCUGUCAUCAUGUCAAAGGGUGUCAAGAAUCCCAGUGGACUGGAAGGCAAAGUCUGGAGGAAUUACGACAUCUUUGAUCUUGUGCUCAACUGGGCAACAUGA